AUGGCUGUGUCCUUGGCUUUUGUCAAUCUUGCAUUUCAGUUUAGUAAUGUUAAAGUUGCAGAAAAUCCCUUGUGUUUUGGCUUGGCUCCUACACAACUUCCUUUUGUAUGCAAGGAAAGAAGAAGAUUGUCAUCCUCAAGGACAAUAAUCAUUCCACGAGCUUCAUCGGCUCCAACCAUUGAGGAUGGAAGUCCAAAUGAGACUGAUGCAAUUCCAACUCCCAAAGUUAUAAUUGACCAAGAUUCUGAUCCUGAUGCGACUGUGGUGGAGGUAACCUUUGGAGAUCGCCUUGGGGCUCUUUUGGAUACGAUGAAUGCGCUUAAAAACCUCGGGUUGAAUGUGGUUAAGGCUAAUGUCUGUUUGGAUUCUUCUGGGAAGCACAACACAUUUUCCAUCACUAAAGCUAGUACUGGUAGAAAAGUGGAGGACCCAGAGCUGCUUGAGGCCAUUCGUUUGACAAUCAUAAACAAUUUGCUUCAGUAUCACCCGGAAUCAAGUUCUCAGUUAGCAAUGGGGAUGGCCUUUGGAGUAGAGCCACCAAAACAGGUUGAUGUGGACAUAGCAACCCAUGUAAAAGUCAAAGACGAUGGUCCUGACCGAAGCUUGCUUUUGGUGGAGACAGCUGAUCGCCCAGGAUUAUUGGUGGAUCUUGUAAAGAUUAUCACUGACAUUAAUGUUGCUGUUGAAUCAGGAGAAUUUGACACCGAGGGGCUGUUGGCCAAGGCAAAGUUUCAUGUCAGCUACAAGGGUAAAGCCAUCAGCAAGCCUCUUCAACUGGUUCUUGCUAACAGUUUGCGAUAUUUCUUGAGGCGACCAACGACGGAGGAGGCAAGUUUUUGA